AUGGGCGCCGCCGCGCCGUUGGUCGGAGGAACGCCUCGCGGCCUCCGGCCUCCGGGGCCGCCCGGACCUGCGGGGUCGGGCGUGCCUCCGUCGCGCGCGCAGGCGCCGCAGCAGCCGCUGAUGAUGCAGCCGGGCCGCCCGCCUCCGCCCGGCGGAGCGCCCAACGGCGGACCGCCGCCGCCGCGGCCUGGCAUGCCAGCUGCCGGCGGCUCCGUCAUCUCGCCCGCCGAGCUGCAGCGCCCCACGCCCGAGGAGCUGGCCGAGCCGAUGAGGCUUGACACGCGCGGCGACUCGGGCCGCCAGCGGGGGCAGUGCCCCCCAAAGUACAUGCGGAUGACAACCAACGCGUUGCCGAACUCGCCAGCCACGAAGGGCAAGGCCGCGCUGCCGCUCGGCGCGGGAAGACUAGUCCCAUACCUCCAGAGUACCGAACCCGGGGCGAUCAUCAAGCCGAUGGCGCGCGACGACGCGGCGCCGGUCGCCGUCGUCAACUUCGGCGCCGCCGCCGCCCCGAGGGCCUCUUCGUUUGAGGAUCCACCGCGCCGUGACCUGACGGCCCGCGUGGGGGCCUCCAUCCGAAAGCAGCACAUCUCGCCGCCCUCCGCACGUCCCCGGCAGAGCCUCGCCUCGGUGGUCGGAGAGCCAUCCCAACUGUUGGCCACGGCGCUCGAGGCGCGCGCCUUCAUGCAGCAGCGCGAGGCGAUCCUGCAGCUGGCGAGGCGACAGCAGCUCCUCAUCCAAGAGCUCGAGCGGCUGCGCCGGUCCAAGGGCGACUUCGACCAGCCGCUCGCCGAGACGUUCCGCGCGCUGACCGUCUCCAGCGGUCCGGGAGGCGGCUCCGUCAUCUCGCCCGCCGAGCUGCAGCGCCCCACGCCCGAGGAGCUGGCCGAGCCGAUGAGGCUUGACACGCGCGGCGACUCGGGCCGCCAGCGGGGGCAGUGCCCCCCAAAGUACAUGCGGAUGACAACCAACGCGUUGCCGAACUCGCCAGCCACGAAGGGCAAGGCCGCGCUGCCGCUCGGCGCGGGAAGACUAGUCCCAUACCUCCAGAGUACCGAACCCGGGGCGAUCAUCAAGCCGAUGGCGCGCGACGACGCGGCGCCGGUCGCCGUCGUCAACUUCGGCGCCGCCGCCGCCCCGAGGUGUCACGAGGUGAGCUACGCGGCCGUCUCGUCCGGCAUGCUGCGCUGCGUCGCCGCCACCCUCGCCCACACGAUCGACCACCUUCCGGGGGGAGAGAGGACGCAGGUCGGGGUCAUCACGUACGACUCGACGCUCCACUUUUACAACCUGCAUGGCAGCACGCCGCAGAUGCUCGUCGUGCCGGAGCUAGACGAGCCCUUCUGCCCGAUGCCGGGCGAGGCGCUGGCGGCGUACACCGUGGCGCAGCACGUGGGCGGGAAGGUCUCCCUCUUCUCGGCGACGCGGCCGACCGUCGGCGACGGCGAGCGCGACCCUAUUCCCCCCCCCCUUACCGAAUCCUACCCUACCCCAGUCCCAGUCCCAGUCCCAGUCCCCAACCCCCUCCUCCCCCCCAAAGGCAAGCUCCUCAACCGCGAGGGGGCGGGCGGCGCCGCAAACGGAAAGGGCGCGGAGGGCGGCGGGCUGCUCGCGCCCGCCUGCGACUUUUACAAGACGCUGGCGAGAAUAGCGAGAUAUGGCGAGAUAUGGCGAGAUAUGGCGAGAUAUAGCGAGAUAUGGCGAGAUAUAUCGCCUGCGUCCCCGGCGGUUGACUGCUCAAAGCAGCAGCUGUGCAUCGACGUGUGGGCGUGCCACUCCGCCUACGCCGACCUCGCCACCCUCGCGCUGCUCGCGCGGCACACCGGCGGCUCGGCGAGCGGUGUGAUGCUCCCUGUAGGCGAGCGCCUCUCGCGCGCGCUGCAGCACUCGCUGACGCGGGAGCAGGGGCUCGAGGCGGUGAUGCGCGUCCGCGCCUCGCGCGGGCUGCGGAUCGCCGCCUUCUACGGCCACUUCUUCAUCCGGGGCGUCGACCUCCUCGCGCUCCCAAACGUGGCCCGAGGGCGGGACCUUGGCCGCGUGGACGAGGACAAGUCCUUCGCCGUCGAGAUCGCGCACGAGGAGAACGAGAUCGGCGCGUCGACGGCUUGCCUGCAAGCCGCGCUCCUCUACACAACCACCUCGGGCGAGCGGACCACCGCCGGCCCUCCCGCUCGGGUGUCGACUCGUGAGCCGGCUGCAUUUGACUCCGCAGGAGAGCGACGCAUCCGCGUCCUCACCCUCGAGCUGCCCGUCACCUCGGCCCUCAACUCGAUCUUCGACUCGGCCGACGUCGACGCGUGCGUCUCGCUCACCGCGCGGCUGGCCGCCGAGGCGACGCUGAGCGCGUCGCCGCUCACGGGCGCCGAGAAGCUGCAGAACGCAUGCCUCGAGGCGCUGCGCGCGUACCGCUCGCUCUGCCCCCCACACGCUAAGACGACGGCGGCGCUGCUGCUGCCAGAGAACCUGCGCCUCCUCCCCCUCUACACGCUCGCCGCGAUGAAGGCGGCGCUGUACGCGUCCCCGGCCGAGGCGCGCGCCGACGAGCGCGCCGCUCUCAUCGCGACCAUCGCGAACGCAUCGGCGACGGAGGCGACGGUGCUCGCGCACCCACGCCUCUUCCAGGCGUACCCUCCUCUCGAGAAGGGUCCGAACGGGCUGCCCGCGCCGCUGCCGCUCUCCGCGCAGAGCGUGCAGACCAACGUCGCCUACCUCCUCGACGACGGCGAGCCCCUGCACCUCUGGCUCGGCCGGGACGUGUCCGGGGCACGCGCGCAGCUGAGCCUCUGGUUCGGCCGGGACGUGCCGUCCGAGAUGCUGCAAGCCGCCUUCGGGUGGCCGUCGCUGCAGGGGGUCGACCUGGCGACGCUGCGGCUGCUGCCGCCGAACACCUCGCCCGUCGCCGCGGAGAUCCACGCCCUCGUCGACGCGGCGCGUGUCGGCCGGCCUGCCGGGUGGACGCCGCUGCGCGUGCUAGUGCAGGGCACCAGCGACGCGCCCUUUGUGCGCGCGCUGAUCGAGGACCAGACCAAGCAGAUGAUGAGCUACCCCGAGUUCCUGCUGCACUGCCACCGCUACAUCCUCAGCAAGGCGUGA